UGAGUCAAAGCCCUCUUUGGUCUCUCCCCUCUCUUCCUAAAAAGAGCCGUUUCCCUCUGUCCACCACAUCCUCAUCUUGAGCAAGCACGCCAAAAAAUAAUAAUUAACAAAUUUUCAAUCAAUAAUCAUAUUCCUCACUCUUCACCACCAACAACACUCACACACCAACAAUGUCAAUGCUGCUACAUUUGUUCAUCCUAAUCCUAACAUUAACACUAACCAUUUCCAUUUCCAUUUCCAUUUCCUCUCCCACACCUCCCUACUUCCAACAUCUCAAUGUUGAAAACGCCAUCUCAGAAACCAAACUAAAACCAUCCAAACAACAUUCCCAACUCGAGAAAGAACAACAACAACCUCAAUGGAAAACAAAACUAUUCCACAGAGACCACAUAAUAAAUCACAUAAACACCGCCACCAAUCACAAAACCCGUUUCAUCUCACGAAUCAAAAGAGACAUAAAAAGAGUCUCUUUCCUCCAUAACCGACUGAACAAACACACACAAGUCACAGAACAAGAAACAACAGCAGACACUAGUUUCGGAUCUGACAUAGUUUCCGGUUCAGAAGAAGGAAGUGGAGAGUAUUUCGUUAGAAUAGGAAUUGGUAGUCCUGCAAUUUAUCAAUACAUGGUAAUUGAUUCAGGAAGUGAUAUUGUGUGGAUUCAAUGUCAACCUUGUCACCAAUGUUAUAACCAAUCUGACCCAAUAUUUAAUCCUGCUACUUCUGCUUCGUUUAUUGGUGUUUCUUGUUCCUCUUCUGUUUGUGAUCAGCUUGAUGAUGGUGUUGCUUGUCGUCAAGGAAGGUGUGGAUAUCAAGUUGACUAUGGUGAUGGAUCGUAUACCAAAGGGACACUUGCCCUUGAAACGAUAACGAUUGGGCGAACUCUUAUCCAAGAGACAGCCAUCGGGUGCGGGCAUUGGAACGAGGGAAUGUUUGUUGGAGCGGCUGGGUUAUUGGGCCUAGGAGGUGGGCCUAUGUCCUUCGUGGGCCAAUUGGGAGCCCAAACCGACAGAGCCUUUGGAUAUUGUCUACUCUCUCGAGGCACUGAAUCAUCAGGUUCACUCGAAUUUGGACACAAAGCAAUGCCGAUAGGUGCCACGUGGGUCCCUCUCAUUCAUAACCCAUUCUUCCCUACUUUCUACUACAUCUCUCUUUCGGGUCUUGCAGUUGGAGGCAUUCAAGUACCCAUAUCUGAACAAAUCUUUUCGGUAACCGAUUUAGGAAUCGGAGGAGUCGUUAUGGAUACCGGAACAGCCGUUACCCGGUUCCCUACUAUUGCUUACAACUCUUUUCGUGACGCAUUUCUUGCUCAGACGACGAACUUGCCACGUGCUAACGGAGUAUCUAUUUUUGAUACGUGUUAUGAUUUAAACGGGUUUGUGACUGUUCGGAUUCCAACGGUGUCGUUUUACUUUUCGGGUGGUCAAAUACUGACACUUCCCGCAAGAAAUAUUUUGAUUCCGGUUGAUGAUGUUGGAAGUUUCUGUUUUGCAUUUGCUGCUUCUCCUUCUAGUUUAUCUAUUAUAGGGAAUAUUCAACAAGAAGGGAUUCAGAUUUCUGUUGAUGGAGAUAAUGGUUUUAUAGGAUUUGGACCUAAUGUGUGUUGAAGUAUACAUUGUGUUUUAUAUGAGCAACACAAUGCCAGAUUUUGUUAGUAGUCUAUGAAUGCCAGAUUUUGUUAGUAGUCUAUGAGCUAAUUCCAGCGCAAUUUUGUCGCAAUUAAUUUAAACUAGAUGUUGCGCAUA